GGAAUAGAGAUGAUGAGAUGAGAUGAGAGGAGAGGAGUAAAGUAAAAUCAUGUCUACCACCUAUCUACCUAACAAAAAAAACCACCGAAAACGACUGCGUUUAAGAAGAAACCUUAAUUUGGCGCCGGAGUUGGAAUCAAAGAUGGCGACGGCAGAGGAAAUCAACAAUGAUCCACUUCCGACUCUUCCUAUCGAUCUCGUCGCUGAAAUCUUCUGCAGGCUACCUGUGAAACUUCUCGUACAGCUCCGAUGCAUGUGCAAGUCCUGGAACUCUCUAAUCUCCGAUCGCAGUUUCACCAGAAAGCACCUCAGCCUCUCAACCACUCGCCGCAUCCAUUACGCCACAUACGAACAUAAACCCCACGAGUUGGUUCACAAUUCUUACCCACUCGAUUCGGUUUUAUCCACUAAAGUCAAACCACGUCGUCUUCCUUUCAACAGCAUCGUUGCUUCUUGUGACGGCAUCCUUUGUCUCUGCGAUAAACGUAAAGGUUGUGUUGCAUUGUGGAAUCCUUCUAUUAGAAAGUUCAAGGAAUCUCCCCCUUUUGAAAAUACUCAAAUUCUUAACCAGGUUUAUACCACCUUCGGCUUCGGCUAUGACCGCGUUUCUGAUAAUUACAAAGUGGUUGUUCUUUACUACACCGAAGGUAACUUGCUUGACACAACUAAAGUAAAAGUUCAUACUUUGGGCACCAAUUUAUGGAAAACCGCCGAGAGCUUUCCUUUUGGUGCUGUCUGUGAUGAACAACCCGGAACAUUUGUAAGUGGUACCAUUAAUUGGAUGGCCUAUACUGAAUGGCGUCGCAAAGGCCUGCUCUUUAUUGUUUCUUUUGAUUUGGGAACCGACUCUUAUCGGAAGCUUUUGCCUCCUCAUCAUGCUGAGAUCCGUCCGGAUUACUUGAGAUUGUCUGUCUUGAGGGAUUGCUUGUGCUUAAUUUCUGAUCAUCAUAUUUGGGUCAUGAAGGAAUAUGGAAUUCAAGACUCUUGGACUAAAUUGUUCUCCGUUUCAUAUAUGCAACAUCCUACUAAGUGUUAUGCCUUGUACAAGGUAUUGUAUAUUUUUGAGGAUGAUCGACUGCUGCUUGAAACUCUAGAGGAUUGGAAAAGGAAGUUGGUUGUUUAUGAUCCAAAGAAUGAUACUUUUAAGGUUACUAGGUUUACAAACAUCCUAAAUGUCUGUCUUGAAACUUUGAUUUCACCUUGUUCUUAAUGCUAGGAUGUUUUAUUUUCUACUCGCUAUUUCAUGGAUUAUUGUAAUUUAUGUUUGUCAUUGCUGUUUAAUCCCUCAUCUUGUAAUACAUUUAUAUAUUUCACAAUAAUUAUAUUUUUAAAGAUUAUAAGUAUGAUUUAGAUGUAUGUCUUUGUAUCUUCUUGUGGUUUUAGAGGUGCCUUUAGCGUCUUUGUUAUAAUAAAACAUUUUUGCAGACUUUGAUAUGAUGCUGAAGCAUAAUUUAUUAUAUUCUGCACCACCUAGAUCUAUGCAUUACACUUUGAGAUUGACUUAGUUUUGGAGCUAAAUGCUCUGCUCAUGAAUUCAUCAAAAUCAAGUGGAACUAACUAACUUAGACAUGUGUUUGUAUUUCACACCAAAUUCAAAUUUCUCAAACUCAGGUUCCUUUCCAAUAUGUUAGUGUAUCUCGUCUAAUCAUGACGUUCCCAGUGAGUGCACAAAUUUAUGUUAAGUGGUUUCUAUAUAAAGUUCUAGUAGGAAAUCCUUCACAACCAUUACAUCAUUCAACCUCUUCCCAAAAGACCCUCUUCCUUGUUGGCAUUCUCAUUGGAGAAGUAAGGAAUCUCGAUUGUGCCGGUGACCUUCUCCAUGAUUUUUUCGUCUGAGUCUCUUGUUUUGCCUUCCCAUGAGAUUAAUGCGCUGAUUUUGUAGGCAGUGAUGAUUUUUCCCUUGCAGACGUAUGCAUAGGCUUCUUUAUCGACCUUGAUUAUGAUGAUGAUGAUGAUGUCGAAGUACCUUCUCUGUCAAGGAUUUUGAGGUUGUUGAAAAAAGUUCUAGACCAUUUGAGACAAUUCUGAAAAAGGUAGGUGUUGUUCAAACAUUGGGAAACACUUCUCUAUCCUGAAAAAGUUCUAGAUCCUUCAAAUUCUAAUUCUACAAAUAAAUAUUUUCUCAAGGUACACUAGUUCUACUCAUCCAUAAUAUACUUUGAGCUGAAUUUAAAUCUAUAAUUGUGAUAAUUUUGUACUUGACUUGCUCAUUUUGCCAAAUGUUUGGCAUUUUGACAGCAGCACCAAGAAACUACUAUACAUUUUCAUGUUAUAUUUAUCAAUCAAUGAAAGUUAAGUCUAUCACAUAAUGCAUGCAUUCCACUCUUUUAAUUAUAUGGAAUCUUGUAGAGUAGAUCAUUGUCCUAUGUAUUGACUAGCUUGGGAAUAUUUCCUUGUAUUGAGUUAUUGUGUGUACUUUGGGUUUUAGUGUAAAAUAUAUCUUGGAAAUAGUCAAGAAUAUGUUUCUCUAUUAGAUGGGGUCGUUGUGCACUAUAUAACCCUCUAUUUUCAUUGGGAUUUGCUUAGUAAUGCUUUUAUUUUUUCCUCCAUUUUCCUUUAUUUUCGUUGAAGAUGACAAUGUCGUGAUAGGUUUUUUGGUGAAUAUUUUGCUUCUGAGUCUAAUGUGUUUCAAGUGUGUCUAAGGAAGAUUCUCGAGGUUGAGAGUCACAAAAAAAGGUUGUGGUUUCCACGGUUUCUCGAGAGACAGGUAGAAGGCUAACAUUGAAGGCACAUCUCUCUAGUGGACAUUGGUUGCAGUUUGGAUAGAGCAGGAAGACGCAUCUUAGGCGGUGUUGAUGGGUGUUGAUGCUGACAUAAGUGAAUUGGUUCAAGUACCCACUUCCUUAGAGUUUGAGCAAGAUGAAUAGAGUGCACAAACAAUCUAACAGGCAAUGCUGAUGCUAACAUAGCUGAAUUGGUGUCAGGAUCCACAUCUUCAGUAAUAUGAGGUACUUGUAUCUUUCACUGGUUCUUUACACUACUCAAAAUAUCAAUGAUGCUACAUACAUAUACAUGUGUUUUUCCUUCCAUCUUGCAUGUCCAUGGGUAUAAAGGAAAAUGAUGGAUUGGUGUAUGGGUAUGUUUUAGCUUGUUUGAACUUUGAAAUGAGUAUUAUGUGAAUGCAUGGGUGGAAUGGAUGCAUCUUUUACUUUAAUUCAAUUAGUAAAAGUAAAACUAUACAAUGCAUGGUUAUGGUUUUAUAAGGAUACAUGAUAUGAUACAAUGUUCCAAACCAUUCCUCCACAAACCAUUACAAGACAAACCACAAAUCAGAAAACCCAACCGUAUCAAAAGCCAGUAUUUCCUGCACCCUCGGCUAAUUAUAUGUAGCACCCUCUUCAAUGGUUUUAAUUAACCAAGUUUGUUUAUGCCUGAAAAAGUAGAGGUAUGUGAUAGCUAGCAAUCUGUUUUUCUGUUAAUAGUUGGGAUAUGCAGCUGUAUAAGUCUUACUUUGAUGCUAGCUUUAUAGUAUAACAACUUUUGAGUGGAUUGUCGAUGUAAUCGAUUUUUUCUGAUCCGUUUACACUCCUAUUAAUAAUAUUAAAUUACAUUCAAGAAUAUUUUUAUCAUUUUACAUAUUAAAUACAUCUCUUUUUCUUCUAUUUUUUACCUUUUUCUACACUAGUAUAUUAAUCUACUCUAUCCAAACCAUAUUUUCUCCCUUCCUAUACUCUUUUUUCACUUUUUUCUCUCUCUGAAUCCUCUCCCUCCCUCUGCAACUCUUUGUGACCUCCAACAAAUAUAUGAAGAUGAUAUUUGUGCUCCGCUUUCUUUGAGCCUUCAUCUGUAUUGAACCAACCAUUGUUUUGGAACUACCGUCGCUGCCUCUCACCAUUUCUUUUACAAAACGGUUGAAGCUAAACCAAUGCAUCGGAGUUCCUCAAGUCGCUGGAAACAUCAAUUCUAAAGGUUUAGUGUAUUCUGUCAAGAUUGACAAGAACAUAAUUCAAAAGAAAAGACAUGUAAAGGGGUUUGAUGCAUUAAAUAAUAAGUAGGAAUCCACUCCUUUUAAUUCUGAACAGAAUGAUGGUGAUGAAGAGAUGCAACUGAGCGUGGCUGAAAUUUAUCAGCCACAAUUACUCAGGCACCAAGCAGCUGAUGCAAAUAAUGUAUUGAAGCUAGUUUUUGACUUUCCAACAAUGUGAGGUUAUCAAGUGGAGGAUCCCAUGUACAUGCUUGAUGGGCCAAAAAAAUAUAUCUUUAGAGGGCAUCUCUAACUCCAUAUUAUGCUGUUGCGGGUGAAUCGGUUGGAAGGCAAGUGCAUGUGGCUUUUCUGGAGUGUGUGAAGGAUGAUUUUGUUACAAAGUAUGGCGGUGGGAAGGCUUCUACAGCUGCACCUAACAGCCUUAAGAAGGAAUUAGUGUUGGUGUUUUAUGAGCUUGAUGAUGGAGGGCUUGUUGUGAUUUAGUAUGACUUCAAAUAUAAAAUAGACAUCGAUGUAGUGAAUUAUACUAGAACUACAGAAUAACUAAUCUAGCUGGUUAUUAUCAGAUAAGUAAUUAAUAAAAUGAUGAUAGUUAAACAAUGCAA